AUGCUGGCUCGUCGCGACCAGGAAAACCUGGUGAAUGCCCAUCAGACCACCGCUGCAGCCAAACCCUUGAAUCAAGGACUCAAGCAGCUCGCACCCAAGACUCCAGGCAAGAAAGUGCCGUUGAACGACGAAAACCACCCCGGCGCGUUUAAGAAACUCACAGUUAAGGGAAAUGGAAAUCGUCAGGAUAAUGGGAAGCCAGGCAACAACGCAUUUGUUACUCCUAUGGAACCCCGAAACCGAGCUCCACUGGGCAUGAAGGACACCAAUACUAAAGCCAGAGCUCCCCAGACACCCGCACCAUUUGGUGGAACCUUGAAGCCAAAGACCAACCGGAAGACUGCGAGCGCCCAGAGACUCAAAAAGGCCGCCCCCGUUACCCAGCAGGCCCAGACUAAGGUCUAUACUGAAUCAGUGCAAGAUGAUGUGCCCGAUAUCGAAUACAUGCCCCCGAAGCCGAUAGCCCUCCCAGAUCUCCCAGACGAUGUUACUUACGAUACAACCUUCCCCCAGUUUCAACCAAGAAACCGAGCCCUGGGCCUGGAGAGUGUUUAUGGGGAGCAGGAGGUCGGCCAGGAUGGCCUUACAAAGAAGCAGCGCAAAUUCCAGGAGGACUCUAUCAAGGCCGAUAAGCUGGCCAACGAGACGAUGAUGAAGCAACUAGAGAGCAUUGGAUUUAACGACCCCAGUGAGGAUGAGGCAGCUCCCGCGCCUAAGCCACAGCCGCGAAGCCUUCGCUCCAGGACGCCUUCUUCAAGCUCCCGACCUACUCGAAGCAUCUCUACACUUCGAUCCCGUGAGGCUGCGGCUGCCCUUGCAGCUCCCAGGCCGAGCUCCGCCUCGACCAGACCUGCUACUGUCCCCAAGUCUCGCAUUGCGUCGGCUUCGUCUAUCCUUAUGCCCAAGAAGACUCGAGUUCCAUCCAACCCGUCAUCCAUGCGCGCCACUGCUGCCGCUGCUACCUCUAACACCACCAUGGGUUACUCAAAGGGUCGAAGCGUGUCAUCCACCCUGCGUGAGAAGACUGCCGAGCAACCUUCCAGUAUCUCCGCCACACUCUCUCCCGAGACCUACAUGCAGCUAUACGGACCUCCCCCUCUGGAAUCAGACAUGUGGUCCCGUUGCAAGGCUGCUGGCUGCUUUGACACUCCAGAUGAGAUUGCUACCUCCCAGGAGGUCGGAGAGCCGCUGCCAACGUUCGAGGAGGAUGACGAGGCAGAGAGCUUCCAGCUCACUCUGUAG